AUGAAUCCUGCCAAAUUCACAGGCACCAAAGUAGAAGAAGAUCCACAGGAGUUUGUGAAUGAAAUGGAGAAAAUUUUUAAAGUGAUACAUGUGGAUCAAAUUGAAGGUGUUGAGUUGGCAGCCUACCAGCUGAAGGAUGUAGCAAACCAGUGGUUCUAUCCACUGGAGCUGAGGAAAGCUAAAGCUGAGGAGUUCAUAAACCUUAAGCAGGGUAAGCGUGCAGGAGUAGAAGAGAAAAAAAAGAAGAUUGCCGAAGCCAUGGAGAAGAAAAAACAGGCCAAGAGAGCUAAAUCAGCAGACCAGGGUCAAAGUCAGCAGCAGAGUGGAAACUGGGGCAACAAAUGGCAAAAAAAGAAGUUUUGUGGCAAGGCACAGUCUGCAGCUAGUGCCCUAGCGCCCAGACCUCCACCAAGUUACUUUCAGAGGGAUUUUUCAUCUGCUAGGAGAAAUAUUGGUUGUGUCAUAUCUCAGGCAAAUUUUUCUGCACCACCACCAACUCAAAAGGGCGCCACAUCAGCUGUCGGGAGCGGUCGCAACCGGUUAUAUGCUUUGACCAACCUCCAGGAGGAGGAAGCCUUACCAUAUGUUGUCGUUG